CAUUGAAAUUGUUGAAAAUGAAGAACUUGUGUCAAUCUCAUCUCCUGCAUCCAACAAGCUUCACUCUACAACACCAACAAGAGACACAGAGCUGGAUGAACACAUGGUAUUUGAUGCUGAAUUACUUGAAGACAAUGAUUACAUUAUAAAAGGUGAUGAUAGUGAUAAUGACAUUCAGCAACCAAGCAACAUUGAGGUCAAUGAAGACACUUUUCAGGCCAAUCAUGGUUCUUAUUCUGAAGGAGAUGAAGACGAUGAAGAUAUUUCUGAAAAUGAAAAGGAUUACUUUUCUCCUGAGAACCAGCAUCAACCUUCACAAGAUGACACUGAGCUGUUCAUAUGUUUCAAGUGUAACUUGGGGUUCAAGUGUGAGAGGCACUUGGAGAAUCAUGAAAAGAUAAUACACAAUGGAACAAAACCUUUUAAAUGUGACUCUUGUGAUAAAGUGUUUGCCCAUAAGAACAGUUUAAAGAUUCACAAAGAAGCACACAAGAAUAAAGUAAGCAGCAAUCUAGAGAGAAGUGGUGUACUGCAUCAUGCAAAGAAACAACAGGCAAUUCAAACAACCGAGAAGUCAUUCAAAUGCACAAUAUGCCAUAAAACCUUUAAACAAAAAUGGUACAUGAAACUCCACACUCAAAUACACAGAGGAGAGAAAGAAUUCAAGUGCAAUAUCUGUAAUAAAGACUUUGCAACAAAAGCUAGCUUACAAAUCCAUAAUCGAAUGCACCAAGGAAAGAAAGAAUUCAAGUGUAAUAUCUGCAAUAAAGACUUCACAGACAAGAAUUAUUUAAACAGACAUUAUAAAAUCCACAGUGGAGAGAAACCAUUUAAAUGUACAAUCUGUAAUAAAGCCUUCACUCACAAGAAUGAUUUGAAGAGGCAUCAUCGAAUCCACAGUGGAGAGAAACCAUUUAAGUGUACAAUCUGUAACAAAACCUUCACAUACAAGAGUACUUUAAACAGUCAUCAUCGAAUCCACAGUGGAGAGAAACCAUUUAAGUGUACAAUCUGUAACAAAACAUUCACGUUCAAGACUAAUUUAUGCAGUCAUCAUCGAAUCCAUAGUGGAGAGAAACCAUUUAAGUGUAAAGUCUGUAAUAAAGCAUUCACACAAAAGAUUACUUUAAACAGACACCAUCGAAUCCACAGAGGAGAGAAACUAUUGAAAUCUGGAAGCUUCACUUGAAAUUUUAACUAUAACUUACAGAGACCAUAAUGUAUAUUGAGAAGCUAUUUGAAUACGCAAUUGUAGGAGGAGUAUUCUGUGAACGAUUAACAAAUUAUUUUACUCCUUUCUUUGGUUAAGUGCAUGAAGUUUCUGCAAUAUUGAGUUAUUGUUUAUAGUCAUA